GCUUCCUGGCAGAGCUGUGUCAAUAAAGAGAAACUCAAUGGAUCUGGUCAUGUUGCUGGUGCUCACUCUCACCUGUCUUAUUCUCCUGUCAAUCUGGAGACAGAGUUCUGGGAGAGGAAAGCUCCCCCCAGGCCCUAUUCCUCUCCCAAUUAUUGGCAAUAUCUUUCAGCUAAAUGUGAAGAACAUCACCCAAUCCUUAACCAGUUUCUCAAAAGUGUAUGGUCCUGUAUUUACUCUUUACUUUGGCAUGAAGCCCACUGUGAUAUUGCAUGGAUAUGAAGCAGUAAAAGAAGCCUUGAUUGAUCAUGGGGAGGAGUUUGCUGAAAGAGGAAGCUUCCCAGUAGUUGAAAAAAUUAAUAAAGACCUUGGAAUUGUUUUUAGCCAUGGAAAUAGAUGGAAAGAAAUAAGACGCUUUACCCUCACAACUCUGCGGAAUUUGGGCAUGGGGAAAAGGAACAUUGAGGAUCAUGUUCAAGAGGAAGCACGGUGCCUUGUGGAGGAACUGAGGAAAACCAAUGGCUCACCCUGUGACCCCACGUUUAUCCUGGGCUGUGCUCCUUGCAAUGUCAUCUGCUCCAUUAUUUUCCAGAAUCGUUUUGAUUAUAAAGAUCAGGAUUUUCUUAACUUGAUGGAAAAACUCAAUGAGAACAUGAAGAUUUUGAGCAGUCCCUGGACACAGUUUUGCAGUUUUUUCCCUGUUUUAAUUGAUUAUUGUCCGGGAAGUCAUACGACAUUAGCUAAAAAUAUGUAUUAUAAUAGAAACUACCUUCUGAAGAAAAUAAAAGAACAUCAAGAAUCACUGGAUGUUACAAAUCCUCGGGACUUUAUUGAUUAUUACCUAAUUAAGUGGAAGCAGGAAAAUCACAAUCCAAAUUCAGAAUUUACACUUGAAAACUUAUCAAUCACUGUGACUGAUUUGUUUGCUGCUGGGACAGAGACAACAAGCACAACACUGAGAUAUGCUCUGUUGCUCCUGCUGAAGUGUCCAGAAGUCACAGCUAAAGUCCAGGAAGAGAUUGAUCGUGUGGUUGGCAAACAUCGCAGCCCUUGCAUGCAGGACAGGAGCCGCAUGCCCUACACAGAUGCCAUGAUUCAUGAGGUCCAGAGGUUCAUUGACCUCAUUCCUACCAACCUGCCACAUGCGGUGACCUGUGACAUUAAGUUCAGGAACUACCUAAUACCCAAGGGAACAACAAUAAUAACAUCACUCUCAUCAGUGCUGCAUGACAGCAAGGAAUUCCCCGACCCAGAGAUAUUUGACCCUGGCCACUUUUUAGAUGGGAAUGGAAAGUUUAAGAAAAGUGACUAUUUCAUGCCUUUCUCAGCAGGAAAACGGAUGUGUGCAGGAGAGGGCCUAGCCCGCAUGGAGUUAUUUUUAUUCCUGACCACGAUUUUACAAAACUUUAAGCUGAAAUCUGUACUUCACCCAAAGGAUAUCGAUACAACUCCAGUUUUCAAUGGAUUUGCCUCUCUGCCACCAUUUUAUGAGCUGUGCUUCAUUCCUCUCUAAAGAGAUCAAAUUGGCUGGGGAUUUAGCUCAGUGGUAGAGCGCUUACCUAGGAAGCGCAAGGCCCUGGGUUCGGUCCCCAGCUCCGAAAAAAAGAACCAAAAAAUAAAUAAAUAAAUAAAUAAAGAGAUCAAA